AUGAAGAAAUUUGGUUUCUCUCCUAAACGAUCUUCAUCUUCUUUUAUCGCUCAUUAUCCUUCACCUUCACGUUUUGCCUUACCAACUCCGACCAUGAGUUUUCCCGACUCCGUAAUGCUCCAGACAUUGGAGAUCGCCGAGCCUGUCAUCGUCAAAUGGGAUCCGGAAACCUCCACUUAUGCCAAGGUCACGUCGCUCUUCUACGACAACCGCCGAGAAGCUUUGGAAUUUAUCAAGCAUGUCAACAAGCUCCAUAAAGCGAUGCAUUCAUUGGUUACUGAAAACUCCACUUCUGAAUUGCUUAUUAGGGCUCAGCACCUGAUGCAGAUCGCUAUGAAGCGGUUGGAGAAAGAGUUUUAUCAGAUUUUGUCCUUGAAUCGAGCGCACUUAGAUCCAGAAUCAGUUUCAACUCGAUCAUCUCGAACAUCGACGCGAUCAAGUUUAUCGGAUUUUGCUGAUGAAUCUGAUGAUGAGAUACGAGUUGCAGGAGAAUUGAUCAGUGAAGUCGAAGAUACUGCGGAAGGAGCCAUGGCGGAUCUCAAGUUGAUAGCUGAGUGCAUGAUUUCAUCUGGUUAUGGUAAGGAGUGCGUCAACAUUUACAAAGUUAUACGUAAAUCGAUAGUUGAUGAAGGCAUAUACAAGCUUGGCGUCGAGAAGCUGAAAGCUGCUCAUGUUCAUAAGAUGGAUUGGGAGGUUUUGGAUCUCAAAAUUAAAAACUGGUUGGCUGCUGUAAAGAUUGCUAUUAAAACAUUAUUCAACGGAGAAAGAAUUCUGUGUGAUCACGUUUUCGCAUCGUCUGAUUCCAUCCGAGAAGCAAGUUAUACCGAAAUUACAAAAGAAGGCGCUCUGAUUCUGUUUGGAUUUCCAGAAAAUGUAGCAAAAAAUAGCAAGAAAUCACCGGAAAGGAUCUUCCGGACUCUCGAUAUGUACACCGCAAUAGCUAGUCGGUGGCCGGAGAUUGUGUCAGUUUUCUCGUUCCCGUCGGCGUCUUCCGUAGUCAAUCAAGCUCUCAAUUCACUCAUAAAACUUGCUGAAUCAGUGCGUUUAGAUCUAACAGAAUUCGAAACGUUACUUAACAAAGAAUCCUUGAAAACUACCGUAGCCGGAGCCGGAGUUCACAGAUUUACCAUGGAGACGAUGAACUACCUCUCCCUCCUCGGUGAUUACAGUGUUUUAUCUGAUAUACUAAUGGACAGUCCACAAACUGAGAAAUCUCUAAUGCCACAAACCUUCUUCGACGAAUCAUAUUCCGACAGUUCUCCCUCGCCGUCGGUAUCCGCCCGGUUAGCUUGGCUCAUCUUCAUCCUAGUUUGCAAACUCGACGGCAAAGCGAAGCACUACAAAGACGUCUCUCAGGCGUAUAUAUUCCUCGCCAACAACCUCCAACACAUACUCUCCAAAGUCCGAUCAUCAAAUCUCCGGUACCUCCUCGGCGACGAAUGGAUCACCAAACGCGAAUCCGAAGUCAAAAAGUUCGCCGCCAAUUACGAACGGCUAGCAUGGAGCCACGUCUUCGAUGCCAUUCCUAAAAACGCUUCAGCAAUGACGCGGGAGGAAGCAAGAGAUGGUUUCAGGAAGAUCAACGCGGUGUUCGGAGAGGCUCACCAUAAGCAGUUGGCCAUCGUCAUACCAGACGGCAAGCUUCGUGAUGAGAUCAAAGUUUCAGUCGCCAGAAAGUUGUUGCCGGCGUACAGAGAAUUCUACAAUGCGCAGAGAGUCGAGAUGGAAAAAGAUAGAAGGUUUGCUGCUGCUGUCAAGUACGCGCCGGAGGACAUAGGGAAUGCGCUUUCUGAUCUGUUUUUCGGGUCCUCGUCUGUGUCGUCAUCAGCGUCAUCAUCGUCGUCUUCAAAGUCAAGAACGUCGAUUUCACAGUGA